UCAUUGGAUUGAAUGAAUCCUGCUAAUCCAACAGAUUAGCAGUGUGUCCAGUCUUUUAGCAAUUAGCAGAUUAGCUAUGCCCUCAAUCUCUCUUUCAUCAGUCGACAUGUUGGACAGGAGGAACACUCUGCUGCUAUCAGUGCCUCUGGUUCUGGUUCUGGUGGUGUCUGGGUUUGCCUUCGUAGUGGAGCUCGAUGAUACCUUCAUGGAGACGAGAGGAGCUGACGAUGUCUGGCUCAUCAAAUUUUACGCCCCCUGGUGUACAUUCUGUAAACAGCUGGAUCCUGUUUGGCAUCAGAUCGGAUCAGAACUCAGGAGUCUCGGAUCUCUGAUCAAUGUCGGCAAAUCCGACACCACCAAAAGCACAGGUUUGGCCAAAGACUUCAGGGUCAUGAAUUAUCCAGCCAUCCUCAUGUUGAAGAAAGAUGUGAAAUAUAAUUAUCCAGGACCGAGAACCAAAGAGGGAAUCAUGGACUUUGCAAAUCGAGUUGCAGGGCCGUUGGUUCGAUCUCUAAGUAGCGUGCAGCUCUUCCAACAUGCCAUGCAACGCCACAAUGUCAUGAUUGUUUACGUGGGAGCCACAUCACCACUGAAGGGAAACUUCUCAUCAGUAGCCAAUGAGCUGAUCGUUCACACAUUCUUCUUCUCUGCAUCCAGAGACGUCCUGCCGAAGACCGUCUCCCUCCCGUCUCUGCCAGCUGUGGUGGUUUUUAAAGAUGGAACCUACUUCACUUUCAAUGAGGAACUUGACGGUGACCUGAAGUCGUGGAUCAACAGAGAACGUUUCCCAAACUACUUCAAAAUCGACAGCUACACGCUGUAUUCCAUGGGAGAGUCAGGUAAACUGGUGCUGGUGGUGCUGGUAGAGGAGAAGGGUCAGUGUGAGGAAAGUCUGAGGUUUAAAGGUCUUGUGGAGAAAGUGGCUGCAGACUACAGAGAGAUCUACAGCAGACACUUCCAUUUUGGCUUCAUGGAGGGCAGUGACUACAUUAAUGGAUAUGUGAUGGGUCAGGUGACCCUGCCCUUCAUCAUUGCGCUUAAUCUAUCCAAUGACGGCUAUUUCCUGCCACUGGGCGCCAUGGAGACAGAGCGCCACCUGCUGGACUUCCUGAAUGGAAUUCUAGACGGCACCAUCCAGGGUCAGGGAGGAAACUGCGCCUAUCAACGCAUGAGCCGCCUCAUUUAUGACAUUAGAGUCACACUGACACUGGUGUUCAUCCAGGCUCCGCUACUUGGCUGCCUCCUGGUCAGCAUCCCACUCACCAUGGUGGCCAUGUUCUGCUACCUCUGCUGUAAGCAUCGACCCACCCAGAGCGAUGAUGAUGACAGCGUCGCAAUGUUCGCUCCAUCGUUACCACGCCGCAAGCAGACCAACAAAAAGUCUGACUGAGUAGGAGAAGAUCUUCAUGUAAAACUUUACUUCUUUCUGUGUGAACAUGCCACGACAUCAUGUGUGUUCAUGUGAUUCAUCAUGUAUGUUUGACCCAUCUCUGGGA